AUGUCGUCCCCAAAUCCAGCUCUCAUCGAAGAUAUUAUUCUCGAGAUUCUGCACUGGAUCGUGUAUCCACGAGUAGAUGAAAAGACCCAAAGACUCGUCGCAACCGUCUCAUUGGUCUGUCGAGGAUGGCGCGUGCACGCUCAGCGGAUUUUAUUCCGGCAUAUCCGUUUAUCCAGACUAGAGAGUCUGCUCUAUCUUCAGUCGACGGCUCCUGAGCAGAUUCCAUAUCUCCGCUUCACGGAGACGCUCACCAUCAAGCUCAAUUGGUGUUGCAUAGGAGGUUCACGAUGCAAAAAAGAGAAUAAGAAUCGAGUUAUCAACGUGCACGACGGACGAAGAGUCACACAGUUGGUCUGCCGCCUUCCAUUAAUGAAGACCCUGCACCUUGAUAUCUGCCAACUUCACAUGGUGCAACUAACGGCACUCCGCGCAUGGGGAUCUCGAAAUGAGCUUGGGCGCCAUGUUCGUUCUCUACGUAUCUCGGCUGCCGUUGAUUACUCCACGAUAAUGUGUGGGCCAGAGCUAUGGCAAAGCUUGGAGAAUUUGGAGGUAGAAGAGAAUGCGAGUCGACCGCUCAACGGACCUACUAUCUACCAUCCCACGUCGGGUCUUGACUUUCAGCUACAAAGCCUGACGCUGCGCGGCAUCCAUGUCGAACACCUACGCUGCAACCCUUGGCUCCUUGGAAGCUCAAGAGAUACCCUUCUUCAACUCACUCUGAUUCAUCCAGCAAAGUCUCGAUUUGGGGUACCAUAUUCCAUCGACGACAUUCUCUGUCAUCUUGGCGCGCUCCUCUCACUCACUCUCGUGGACUAUACAUUAACAGCCCACGACCUAAACUUUCUGAAAACCAUGGGCGGCCUGCGAGAGCUACGGUUAUUCAAAUUUUCUCUCGAGGUAGACAGCUUGUUCGCCUUUCUUCCGAAAGAAGUCGAAAACAUAUGCCUGGAUAUACCUUGUGACCUUCACGGUAUGCUCUUCGAUGGUUACGAGCCCAGUGCACGACUCAAGACCGUCGAGAUUGUCGUCAGCCCGAGGCCGGGAAAGCGAGUCGACGCCUGGAUAGCAGAGGCCAGAAGUAUAUGGGAGGAGCAAGGCGUAGUCUUCAAACGCAUUAUAGGAGAUGUUCCAAGAGACCCCAAUUAUCCACCCCGGAAGAUUAAAGUGGAGCUAUCCUCUGCUGAUUCUAUAUCAGAUGUGUCGAGCAUCUCGGAUUCGUCUGAGGAAGUGAUUACUGGAGCGAGUGACCCUGAGCCUGUCGGUCAUCAAGGGGAGAAGCCUACCAAGCCUGCGAGAAAUGUCCUAAGAGAGCUUAAGCAAAAGUUUAAACGAUUAAUGUUAUGA